GCUGCGGCGGGGAGCUGUCAUUGUCUGGGGAGCGCCUGCCGGCCGGUCCGCCCACACCCUCCCGGGAAAGGAGGCGGUGCCUGGGCCCGCGGCGGAGGGUCUCCGCCGGGGCUGGCGGCGCAGCGGACAGCUUCCCUCCCUCCCGGUUCCCCUGUUGCCCGCGCUGGGGCGCCUCUCCCGCUCGCUGGGCUGCUCCGGGCUCGCCGCGGCCAGCGGGGCUCGAGAGGGGCAGCCGUUCCCGGCCGAGCGCGCAGCCUCCGGAGUCUGGAAGAUGCCCUUGAGCCUUCCCACAGCCCUGCGUGUUUCGGGGACCACCCUCUUUGCCGUGACGGUGCUGGGGGGCAUUCUGGCUGCCUACGUCACAGGCUACCAGUUCAUACACACGGAGCAGCACUACCUGUCCUUUGGGCUCUACGGAGCCAUCCUGGGCCUCCACCUCUUCAUCCAGAGUUCCUUCGCCUUCCUGGAGCACCGGCAGAUGCGCCUGGAGGGGCGACCUCUGAAGCUGCAAGCCUCAGUGGCCCUCUGCAUCGCUGCCUACCAGGAGGACCCGGACUACCUGCGCAAAUGCCUGCGCUCCGUCCAGCGCAUCUCCUUUCCCAGCCUCAAGGUGGUGAUGGUGGUGGAUGGCAAUGGGGAGGAGGAUGCCUACAUGCUGGACAUCUUCCAGGAGGUGAUGGGCUCAGAGCAGACCAGUUGCUACAUCUGGAGCAGCAACUUCCACGCUCAGGCGGUGGAUGAGACGGAGGGUGCCCAUCGGAAGGCCAUGCAGCACGUCCAGAGCCUUGUCCGCAACCACACCCACUCCUGUAUCAUGCAGAAGUGGGGGGGGAAGCGGGAGGUCAUGUACACAGCCUUCCGUGCGCUGGGGGACUCAGUGGACUACGUGCAGGUGUGUGACUCGGACACCGUUCUGGAUCCUGCCUGCACCGUGGAGAUGCUCCGGAUCCUGGAGGAGGACUCUCGUGUUGGUGGUGUUGGUGGAGAUGUCCAGAUCCUCAACAAGUACGACUCUUGGAUCUCCUUCCUGAGCAGCGUGCGGUACUGGAUGGCGUUCAACGUGGAGCGGGCCUGCCAGUCCUACUUUGGGUGCGUCCAGUGCAUCAGUGGGCCCCUGGGGAUGUACCGCAACUCCCUGCUGCAGCAGUUCCUAGAAGACUGGUACAAUCAGACCUUCCUGGGAAGCAAGUGCAGCUUUGGGGACGACCGGCACCUCACCAACCGUGUCCUCAGCCUGGGCUACCACACGAAGUACACGGCGCGCUCCAAGUGCCUGACGGAGACCCCCACCCGGUAUCUGCGCUGGCUCAACCAGCAAACCCGCUGGAGCAAGUCCUACUUCCGGGAGUGGCUCUAUAACGCGCUCUGGUUCCACAAGCACCACCUCUGGAUGACCUACGAGUCAGUGGUAACCGGCUUCUUCCCAUUCUUCCUCAUCGCCACCGUCAUCCAGCUGUUCUACCGUGGCCGUGUCUGGAACAUCCUCCUUUUUCUCCUGACGGUGCAGCUGGUGGGCAUCGUCAAGGCCACCUAUGCCUGCUUCCUGCGGGGCAACGCAGAGAUGAUCUUCAUGUCUCUCUACUCCUUACUCUACAUGUCCAGCCUCCUGCCGACCAAGAUGUUUGCCAUUGCCACCAUCACCAAGUCUGGCUGGGGCACCUCUGGCAGGAAAAGGAUUGUGGUCAACUUCAUUGGUCUCAUCCCCGUCUCAGUCUGGGUGGCGGUGCUGCUGGGCGGGCUGGCAUACACAGCCUACCGCCAGGACCUGUUCACAGAGACCGAGAUGGUCUUCCUCGUCUCAGGGGCCAUCUUGUACGCCUGCUACUGGGUGGCCCUGCUCACCCUCUACCUGGCCAUCGUGGCCAGGCGCUGCAGCAAGCCGCAGGAGCAGUAUGGCUUGGCCUUUGCGGAAGUAUGAUAUGCUGCAGGAAGACAAUGGAGGGAACUGGAGCAAGAAACUCCAUGGAUCAGCACUUUCCCUGUGUGGCUGAGCCAUGGGAAGGGCUGGCCCCACCUUGCUUGAGAUAGUGUUUCAUGUGGCUCAUCUGGAAGCAGCUGGCAAAGUCAGCAAGCCGGAACACUUUUCUCUCUCUCUCUCUCUCUCUCUCUCUCUCUCUCUCUCUCUCUCUCUCUCUCUCGGUGGUUGGUGAUGGUGGGGGAUAAACAGGGUUUCUGCUCCAGAACUAUCCCGAGGGGCUGGCAGAAAGACCCUCUUGGACUUGAGCAAAGGACCUUAGCAGCAGCUCACCUGCCCUCCUAUGCAAACAAGACAUUCCUGAAGGGGCUCAAGGUGACCUUCUCCUGAGUGGGUGACAGAGGUGGCUUUCAGAGGCCAUGCUUUGGGGGAAUCACUGUUGGAAGACAUCGUUGAGGCCUCUUGGAGGGAGGGUAGCUCUACCCAGGUCCUCUUUGGCGAUGCUGUCUGUAGGAAAAGCAAGAGGGUGUCUUCCAGUCGUUUCACUGCAGGAAUAACGAGGUGGGGUGGAGGUGGCUGGAGGGAGAAGGCCAGAAAGCUCCGUUUGGGAAAGAGCCCUGAAUGAGGUGCCCACCAGAAAGGGAACUUUCCCAGUCUCCCAGAAUGCCCCCUCCCCUGCGUGGUAGCCAAAGAAAGGGGGGCCUCAGCUGGAGGAGCCGGUUGCCUUAUGGCCACUCCGGAUUUUCCACCAUUUACAUGCUAUCAAGCACAUGAAUGACACCUGAUUUAAUAAUGUUUAGGUGGGCCAGGGUUUGUUCCUGUCUGCAACCCUGUGAUUGUAACAUUGUGUGCACUAUUAGGACAUUCUACCUCUGUCCACACCUCUUGUCCUCGUAACUCUCUGGGGCUUUUCUAUAGAUUCACCCACGGUGCUACUUCCAACUGGGAGAAGAGAGGGAUUGAGAUACUUCACAGGCUUGGGGCUGGAGGGGAACGUUCAGGGCUUCUAGUUCAGGGGUGGUGGAAGCUUUUACUGCAAACAGCAGCUCCACUGAGAGGCAACAUGACACCCUCCUUCCCCCUCACCCCCCUUUGCCAGCUUCCUGCUUAGCCAGCAUCUGAACAGGUGGACACAAGUUUGCUCAGCCACCCCCUUGCGCAGAGCCUGCCUGCCCCCUGCUGGAGUUUAGAGGAAAGGCGGCUCUUCCUAGUUUCAGACCUGAAGAGGAUUCUGCAUGUUUUUACAUCUCCUUUGAAGAGCAAGUUUCUACAUUUUGAGCAAUAUUUUAAACCAUCUCAGAAAAAUUUAGAGACUUUUCUGAAGUUUUGUACAUCUAUUGCCAGAUUAUGCUCUCCUUUUAACAAACCCCAAAUGGCAAGACAGCUAUUUGUCUGGAAAGGUACAGGGUCUCCGGAGGUUGGACUCCAAGGUCCCCUCCAACUCUGACAAUGUUCUGUUCUAAACUUUUUAGCUUAUCAGAAAUAUGGGUAAACUGUAAAUAAGGCCUGCACAUUUAAAAGAAUGCCAGUUAAGUUCCAUGGACUGAAAAAAAUUGUUAUAAUGACAAAAUGUUGCUGAACAUUUUGGUGUUGAAUGCACUAAUACAGCUACCAUCUAGAUGUAUGGACUUCAAUGCCCAUGAUCCCUAGCCAGCAAUUAAACUCUGGCACAUCUGGAGAGCCCUGUGCUGGAGAACUAGCGAAACUUCACGGGCUGGCUGAAUAAAGCUCUCCUGGGUUCUGUGCAUGUUGCUUGCUAGUGGGAGCUCCUGAUUGUAGCCAACACCCAGACUCUUCGGCCUCCUUCAGUUCUCUUGCACGGGAGUCAGGUGCUGGGAGUUAUGGUGCAUCCUUACAACUCUUUGUAUCCUCAGCGGGCAGCUUCAUUGACUCAGACUGAUGAACGGGUAUCAUAGCAUCCUCGUUUAGUUUACUACGGGCAUUAAUCUCUGAACCAAAAAAAGUAUUUAUAUACACCCUUCUCCAGUUAGGUGUAUUCCUGCCCUGUAUAGAACAUUUUAUGUGGAGAAAUUCAUUCUGUAACUAGAUAUUUUGCAGAACAGGUUUGAUUUACAAAUUUUUGUUUCUGAUAUGCAGUUUGUGGGUUUUGUCAGAAAUGAGGAAAUAGUUUGCUUGUGGUUUUUUGUUUUUGGCUUGAAAUGCCGAAUUUGCCAAGCCAUCAAGAGGACCAACCCUUUCCUUGGUACAAAUCCCAAGAGCCUUCAGGCACUCACGGUUUCUCUGCAAUUCCACAGAACAACAAAGUAGAGCUGACUCCUGCUUCAGCAUCUUUGCCCAGACCAUUUCUUGUUAUGCCCAGUAUGCCAACUGGUAUUUUGGGGAACUGAUGCAAAGGGCAAUCACUGGUCCUCAGGUGGGCAGGAGAGGGAAGGAGGGAGGUUCUCCCUAUGCUGCCAUUUUGCACAGGCCUCAAGACCACAGCGGGAGGAAACGCCAGGUGCAGAGGCUCCAAUACUUCACCAAGAGCUGCCAAAUGGAAAGGCUUCUCUCUUCAGGCUGGCUAAGGCUAAAGCAUGUUGGGGAGGAGCCAGGAUCCGGCCCCUCUUUUCGCUCAUCUCCAGCUCUGCUGAGCUUCAGUUUUUGGGUGAUCCUUUUGGGUUCCUGAUGAGUUUUAGAAGUUUUUGUACUCUUUGGUAAUAACACUAGUUGAACACUUAAAAGUUGUUUGUAAGUGUAUUUAUUUUUUACUUGCAUUUUCAUUUUUUAAAAAGAGGUUUGAAUUUUUUUAUUACAUUUAUUACAAUAAUAAACAUUUGUAAACA